AUGCCGCCCAAGAAGGCAGCAGCAACAAAGGCCGCGGCUGCCCCAGCCGCGAAGAAGGCCGCUCCGGCAAAGAAGAGCGCCGGUGUGACCAAGACGACCGCGCCAGCCAAGAAGACAGCUGCUGCUGCGAAGCCCAAGGCUGCUCCGGCCAAGGCUGCUCCGGCCAAGGCUGCUCCGGUCAAGGCUGCGCCCGCCAAGGCUGCCGCGACAAAGGCUGCCCCCAAGAAGCGCAAGGUUGCUGAGGAACCCGAGCCGGAGAAAGAAGAAGAAGAGGAAGUUGAGCAGGCGCAGGACGAGGACAGUGAGGAGGAAGAAGAAAAGCCCGCCAAGGGCUCGCGCAAGUCUGCGCCCCCGGCUACAAAGAAGCGCUCUACUCCCGUCCCGGCCCCCAAGAGAGCCGCGUCUGCCCAGCCCAAGAAGGCAAAGGCUGCUGCCACCAAGAAGAAGACGCCCGCGCCCGAGGCUGACAAGGAAAAUGCCGACCCUGAGCCCAAGGUGACGGGCGCGUCUUCGCCCACUAAGCGCAAGCGCGAGGAUACCGUCGAGCCGUCGCACGACCGGGGGGCCGCAAAGGACGAGAGUGAGGCCGAGGACAAGCCCGCGCCGGAGAGGGAGAUCAAACAGCCGCGUCCCGUGAAGCGUGUACGGACGGCCGCUCCCGUCUCCAAGGUCAAGAUUGGUGCUAAGAUCAACAAUGCUCCCGAUGCGGUCCUGGACGUCUUUGUUUUCGGCGAGGGAUCGUCCGGCGAGCUGGGCCUGGGUAGCAUGAAGUAUGAGAACAAGAAGCCCAUCGACGUCAAGCGCCCUCGCAUCAACCACAAUCUGUCUGCCGAUAAGGUCGGUGUUGUCCAGCUUGACUGUGGUGGUAUGCAUGCUAUUGCACUCACCAAGGACAACAAGGUACUCACGUGGGGCGUCAACGACCAGGGUGCGCUUGGCCGUGACACCACUUGGGAUGGUGGUCUUCGUGACGCGGAUGCUGAAGACUCGGACUCGGACUCUGAAGACGGCGAAGACAGCGGUCUGAAUCCCGUGGAGAGCAACCCUGCCGAGAUUGACAUGAGCGAUGUUGCCGAGGGCACACGCUUCGUCCAGGUUGCCGCCAGCGAUAGCGCCUCUUUUGCACUCACGGAAGAUGGCCGUGUUUACGGAUGGGGAACCUUCCGCGCAAGCGAUGGCGUCCUCGGCUUCACACCUACGAUCAAAAUCCAAAAAUUCCCCACCCUCCUCGCCGAGCCCAAGAAGGUUGUGCAAAUCGCCGCCGGCUCCAACCACGCCAUGGCACUCGACAGCGCCGGCAAGCUCUACACGUGGGGUUGCCCUGAACAGAACCAGCUCGGCCGCCGCUGCGUGCAACGUGAGUUGCUGGCGUCGGCCCUCCGCCCUGGCGGUGUCGGCCUCAAGCGCGGCGUCAAGGUCGUCAAGAUCUCGUGCGGUUCCUACCACAGCUUUGCGGUCGACAAGGAGGGUGGUGUCUACACUUGGGGUCUCAACAACUUUGGCCAGCUCGCCAUCGAGCAGGAUGCUGGUGACUCUGAUGCCGCUGUUCUGACUGCCGUCAAGGUGGAGUCGUUGAUGGACUACAAGAUUGUGGAUAUCGCCGGCGGUGAGCAUCACUCGCUCGCUUGCACAGACGACGGUCGACUCCUUGUCUGGGGCCGUAUCGAUGGCCACCAAACCGGUUUGCCUUUUGAUUCAUUCACGGAGGAGAACGCCAUAUACGACGACUACAAGAAGCCGCGUAUCCUGAAGACUCCCACUGUCAUCCCAGGCCUGCCCAAGAUCGUGUCCGUCGCUGCCGGGACCGACAACUCCUUUGCCAUCACUGAGGACGGCAAGGUCUACUCGUGGGGUUUCUCCAUCAACUACCAGACCGGCCAGGGUACCUCGGACGACGUCGAGGCGCCCACCCUGAUCGACAACACUGCCGUCCGUGACCGAAACAUCACGUUUGCCGGAGCUGGUGGUCAGUACUCGAUGCUAGCCUGCCAUGCCGAGAAGAAGGCUUGA